AUGAGGUUUGGAAGUCUUUUGAUGUUGAUAGUGUGCGCGUUGCACGUAUCGAAUUGUCUGGAAUGCGAACAAAGUCAAAUCAAUGGACAGUCGAUGAGUUUUUUCAAGACGAACGGCGAUAUUUCUUUGACCGGUAAUUUUUAAAUUUUUUCAAAAUACUAAUACAAGUAUACAAUGGUAUUUUAACGUUUGAUUGUGCAAUGAACAACACGUUUCAGGUUUAUUCGACGUUUACGACGAGAAAUGUUCGGGCCCGACGUCUACGGGCAUUCAUAUGAUGGAAAUGGUGGUCACUGUUGUGCAAAUUUUAAACUCAAUCAAUUACGUUCCCGGCAUUACUUUGGGUGAGCUCACUGGACGAGUUGAUCCGUUGAUUUCGGAACAUUUGUCUAUAAUAUUUUUUAAAAUCUAUGGUGGAACACAUUUGCGCUGUGAACCGCGGCACAAUAUUAUGUACCCCGCAAGUUCGAGCUUGUAUUACUUUCGUUCGACACGUCAUACAUACAAUAAUAUGCAUAUUUUUUGUGAAAAAAAUGAACCGAACACAUAUCACAUGAAAUUUUAUAAUAGGAAAACUAUAAACGUACGGCCAAUAAAUUUCAAUUUAUGCGAUAAAAGUCUCGGUUGUGUGACGUGAACCGUCACGUAAAGAUCCUACGUUGCGCAUCGCAGCCCCGAGUCCUAAUCGAUUUGAUAUUACUAAAUUAUUAUUAUUACUUGUAAUGGUUUAAUAUUCGUAUUAUUUUGUUUUAAAAGGACUAACGCUGUACGAAGUGUGUUCGUUUCGAAGUUCGGAUCUCCAAAAAGCGUUGAUAUCGUUUGUAGUAGACCAAGAUUGCAAUAACUCGACAAUACCAAUCGGUAAUUAAUAUUAUAUAUUAUUCACGCAUUCGCGCGAGUAAAACUGUUUGUAUUGAAUUUGGAUUUCUCAGCCAUAUACACGACCGAUGACGUACGAACGAAAAUCGUGGACGGCCCACAGCUCGGUUUGGACGUACCUAUCACCGCGGUAGGACCAAUAAUUGACGUAGACGCCCACGUCGAAUCCGCGGUCAAAUUUUUGACUGUAAAUAAUAUUAGCGUCGCGGACGUAUUAGUGGCGCAAGAUUCGGAAGUUGCCCGAAGGUUCGAGGGAAUCGCUAAUGCCAACGGGCUGUGUAUAAACAGUACCGUUUUAGUUCGAGAACUAGGGUAAGUCUGACAUUACAUAGUGUAUAGGUAAUAUGUACCUAAAGUUGUUUAUCGAUUUAUCAUUUUGCACAGAAACAUAUAGCGAAUAAUAUUAUGUAAUGCACUUGUAUUACUUAUACAGUGGCGUAAUUUGGUAAUAUUUUUGAAGUGGGUGGGGGGGGAGCGCAUUUUUAUAUUUUUCCCCACACAAAUUUCAAUAGCAAUAAUUUAGAAAAAAUUAGAAAGUAUUCACUGAUAAAGAGUAUUAGAUUCACAUUACAUCCAUAGGUAAUAAUAUAUAUACAUGUAAAUUCCUACACUUAAUAUGCACUGUGUAUUCUGUGACAGAAGAGUGCAAUCGUUACCAUACAUAGACCUAUAAAUUCGAUUUAUGUUACCAUAGCGUUUAUAUGCGGUAGGUUGUGGUUUAUGAUAAAGAAACACAUUUUAUCAAUCUGCUAUCUAUAAUAUCUAUUGAUAUUAUAUUUCACGCAGUAAACAAUAUUUAUAAAUUAUAUUUGUGGAAUUAUUUUUGAUGCUGAUUGCUGUGAAGAUAAUAUUAUUCGGUAUUGAGUACUCAUCAAAAUCAAUUGACACAUUUGAUAAUUUACAAAUAUACGACAUUGUAAUGUUACAUGAAAUUAAAACAAUUAAUGAACAAUCGAAAUAUACAAAACUAAUUUUAUUUAAGCAUCAAUAAGGUUAUUGUUUUUUUUUUUUUUUUUUUUCAUUAAUUUUUAAUGUAAAAUUUAAUCAUUAUAUUAUAUAAAUUUAUUAUUUUAUUUUUCAAAAAUUUAAAGAACGUGCAUGUGUAAUGUAAAUAUUAUUAAUCGAAUUAUUUUAAGUAAGAAAAUAACACAUUUUAAAUUGUGUAUUUGUGUUAUCUCUUAUUAUUGUUCCGGUUAUCGCAUGCAUAUAACUACCUUGGUAACAAUAAAUUUACUCGAAUAAAUAUAUGCAUGUACUAUCCGUGUAUAUAUAUAUAUAUAUCAGUUAUAGUUACAACGCUGCAAUGUACUGACGCUCAUAUACAAUUAUACCAAAUACAAUAAAUUUAUAGAAUUUGCUCAUACUAAACGACAUUCAGAGUAGAACAAGUUUGUUUACAAAAUUUCAAUGGCCCGGAAGGGGCGAAGUUUAGAGGCGUUAUAAGGAGUAUAACGAUUUAUCCUAUCGUUUAACACUUUGUAUACAGUCCGUAAACGCAAUCGAAUUCACCAUUAAUUUCAUAUAUUAUAGUUUUUAGUAUAAAAUAUUUUUUAAACCAAACGUCAGUAAUGAUAUUGCAGUGUCGGCUAAAAAAUAAAAAGUCACCGGGGGGGGGGGGGGAUAAAACACCAGCAUUCCACCUCCCACCAAAAUUACGCCACUGUACUUACUCCUUAAACGCAUGUUUAAUUCGAUUUAAUAAUUACGAUUAAUUAUAUACAUCGGUACUUGAAAUAUUCACCAACACACCUUAAUUCCGUAUUAAAUAGUUUUUUCUCUAUAUUAAUUUGAUAUAAUAAUUUCAAUAGUUGCCCGUACUAUAUACUUGAAUAUACCUGCUUAUAGUUUACACACUUGCAUCUACCUACUAAUUAAAAUAUAGUUUCUGAACUUUUGGAUUCGUUUUAACAUACAUGCGUAAAUAUAAAGACGAAAUAUAAUAUGUCAUGCUUCGAGUAUAUUAUUUAUAUUAUAUUUCAAAUUUUAUUUUUUAGGAAUUUGAACGAAUCUUCAAUAGUCGUAAUUAUAGCGAAUAAAAGUAUCAUUAAAUUAAUUCUCGAGUCAUCAUCAAAUAUUCAUGUAUCUCAUUUCAUUAUCAUACCAUUGGACGGACCAUUACCACCUAAACCAGGUAUUUAAUCGACUAAUAUAAUUAUACUAAAUGUGUAAGUUUAUAGUACAAUAUUUAAUCCUAAAUGAAUCGAUUUAAACGUUUCUAUGUGCAAGCAAUGACGAACAAAAGCACCACUAGUUUAAAACGUUUAAAAACAAUUCGUUUUAAACACUUACCGGAACCCCGGUUCGGGGCAAGGCGAUAUCUGAAGGGAGAUUUUGGGGAUUCGACCCCUCCCUCCUAAUUUUUUUCAGAAGUAUCGUUUCAAUCGUUUUUUUAUUUCGAUGUAUGUAACGAAAAUAAUUGAUCACUCAUGAUAAUGUAAAACCUCCUCCCGAAAAUUGGGUCCGGCUACUGCCUUGGCUUAAGGAGAAACAAAACGCACACUUAAUCUGAAAACCGUGAAUUCGUUUUAUCCGGUUCCGACAAACAUUACGAAAUCUAUCAGUAUUGAGUAAACCAUAAUGUAGGGAUGGCGAGCCAUUGACACGUGUGCAUAAUUUCAAUUACUCGCGGAUUUACGCGUAAUUUAUAAUAUUUUGAUUUCACUUUUUAUAAAAAAAAAAAAAAAAAUUUUUUUAUUAACCCAGCUAUUUUAUGAAUAUAAUAAGUCUCGUAAUUAUCAAUUAUCAAGUUACGUACUUGAUACAUGGAAAAUAUUAUAACGAUGUGUUACAGUGGUUGUGUGUACUUCCAACAAAUGUAUUUAUUUUAUAUUGACGCGUCAGCUCGGUCAAAAUAAAAAUCAAAUUGUUAUUUUGACACGCAGACACUAAAAUAUGUUCGCCAUCCAUGUCAUAUUGUGUAUUCUUUGGCUGUAUGAAAAUAUCCGGUGACGGAAAUUUUUUAAACCGAUCGUUUUCUAUUUCAGAUUUUGUUUACGGUUCGUACGUGUUUCAAGCGUAUGGCACUUGUUCGGUCGCCAACAAGAACAGCGGCGACGGCGGAACGAUGAACACGAGCGACUACGGACAGGCCACGACCCUCGCCACGAAUACCGGCGUCACGUCAGCGGAGCAGGCGGUUUCCGCGCAGUUCGUACAGACGGCCGCGGACUUGCUGCGCAUAGCGGACGCUUACAACGGCAAGGCGGACGAGCCAGCGGAGUGCGGGCAAAAUGCCUCGGCAUCAGAGUGCGUUGGUACGGCGACAGGAAAUUGGUCGGCGGCCGCUGCGGCCGUCGGUUACAGCGCCGGGGCCGUCGGCCGCGUGCUCGACAAGUUGCAGCUGUUACCGGACGACAGCGAGUACAACGUGACCUUGGUACACGUGACCGAGUACGGGGGCAACGGCGAGACGAUCGGUUCGUAUUUACAGGAUUCGAACGGUACGCGACGAUUACAGUUAAACGGCGACGGCGCGUACCUGAUCGCUUGCGCGGAGAACGCGUGCCCGACGUGUUCAUUAUCCGCGGUGCCAACGGCAACGCCGCCACCGACGUCCGAUUUCGGCUCUGCGGUUUGGGUCACGUGGAAGGAGGAUGUGCGUGUAGCGUCGACGCUGACCGUGGCCGUCGUCGGGGCCGUAUGCGCCGCGUGCAUAGCCGUGUUCAUCUUGGUCCGGGUGUGCAAGAAGGACGUGAUGGAGGGCAACCCGACGUUUUCGUUCGUGCUGAUAGUCGGCACUCUGCUCAUGUACGCCAGCGCCGUGCCAUUUGCUGUCGACGACACCGCGUAUCCACAUGCCGUUUGCUACGCCAAACUGUUCGGCGCGUCCGCCAGCUGCUCGAUAGUGUUCUCCACCAUGUUGGCCCGGACGAUCAUGAUCGCCGCGUGUGACUGCGACUCGAGCUUCAUGAGCCACGUGAACGGCUACCUGCAGACCGUGCUGUGCGCGUUCACCGUCGCCGUACAGUUCGCGCUGCUGCUCCAGUUCCUGGCCAUACACGCCAUCGUGCCGUCGUCCGAUCUGUGCCGGGUGUUCGUUAACAGCGGCCACCUGUUCCUGGGCAGCCUGUCCUACGACGGUCUGUUGCUGGUGCUCUUGUGCGCCACGUCCCCGUUCGUGUUCCGGUCCAAGCGCAACUACCGGGAGGGCGCGUGUUUCGCGGUCGCCGCGUACCUGAUGGUCGUCGUCUGGUUGUGCUGGUGUAUGGCGUACACGCUGUUGCCCAGAAAGUGGUGUGACACGUGCGUCAUGGUCGGUCUGACGGCAACAGCGACCGUGAUCGUGGUCACCGUGUUCAUACCGCGCACGUACAUGAUGAUGUUCGGCAUCGUCCGCGAACAGAUCACCAGUUCGCUACCGUCGCUGGGCUACGGUCACACGGCCAGCGUCACGGACGUCAACUACAGGUCCACUCAGGCUUUAUACGAUUCGGUACACGUGGCGGUGCCGGCCAAGUGUCAUUCGUCCACUUUCAAAGGCCAGUCGAACCCCAACUAUUAUUCUCCGGCCGGUUCGCAAAUACACUCGAUCCCCAGGAGUCGGCCCCUGACUCCGGUCAACGAAUACGACGUUCCCCCGUCAUCCGACAACAGGAUCACCCGAUUCUAAACCCCCUUUCAACCGUACGUCGCGCUGGCCCGAACGAGAAAAGUCUUGGCCGAGAACGGGUAGUUUGUUCGAAGCCCAUAAUACGGCCCUAGGUCGAGUGAUCAAUAAAAAAAAAAAAAAAGUAUCGAAAUUUCGUGCCAUCGAAUAUUGCGUUCUGGUGGAAAUCACGAAAUAUUACAAUAAUUGGUGUACUACCUACAGCGAUUACCCCACGUAAUAUUGUAUUGCCACUAGAAUAUUUAAGAUUUUUAAAAUGUACAAAAAAAAAAAAAAUUCUCAUACCGUUUUUUCUAUAUUUGUUUAAUGCAUCGAUAACGGACGGAGACACUACGGAGGUUUCGAUAAUAUAAUAUUUUUCGACGGAAAACCGAUCCAUCAGACGACAUAUGGAUGACUUUUUUUUUUUUUUCUAAAUUUCUCGACCUUUGGCCGCAUGGUUUUCGACCAGACCGGCUCCGCCCGCCGUCUUGGCCUUCUGAUCGAUUUGAAUAUUGUCCCCAUACAAACCCCCGACCCCACUACGUGGGUAUAAAAUCCCACGCUCACGCGUCUAUACAAUUUAUGUGCGGCAAUCGUUGUUUUUACUUUUUUAAUUUUUCUGUAAGUAUUUUUGUAUUCCAGUCGUGUUGUCAUUUAAUCGUUGUUAUUUUGUCGACGAAUUGUUUUCCUCUUAAAAAAAAUACAGCGUACUUAUACACGAGCAUCUAAUACCUAAUAGGUUUGUUACAACGCGGAAUCGGGAUUAGUUGUGGAUUGACCAAUGGUUGAUUUGCUGCGCAUGCGCCAACGUGGACUGAUUAUAGAUUCGGAGAUUUUUGGGAACGUUUUGGAAGGCAUUCGGACAAAAUUUCGGAUUUUCCGUAACUACAAAAUAUAGAUAAGAUAUUAAAUCCGGUAAGGAUGAAUCUUGUCCUUGAGUCUUUUGUAAUAAAACGUUUUUUACGUUUUAUUUAUCUGUGAUGUUUUGUGUACUAAAAAGUUAAACAUGUGAGUGAUAUUGAAGAUUUCGAUAACUACCUAGCAUCUAGUUCUUCGUCUUGCAGUUCUUCAUUGAAAUAAAAAAAAAAAAAAACAAAACUUCUCGGACGAGUAGUAAAUGAGUUUCUCUUGAGGUUAUUGUAUGCGAUAGCGUUAACUACGCGCGAAAGACGAAACAAUAGCGAUAGAUAACAGUAUACCGGGUGAUUAAUUUAAGUCGGUAAACUCACUAUUAGUAUUCAAUUUUUUCAGAAUUUGUUUUCUAGAACAUUUAAGAAACAAGCUGCUCUGCAAUUUUAUAUUUAUAUUAUUAUUUAUUGUCACCCUUAUUUUCGGGGGCGAAACCACUAUAUACUGUUGAUUUUAAAAUGGCAACCUAUAUUAAAAAUCCCAUAAAUAGACGGAGAGUUAGUAAAAUGGCAAGGGUGACGAAAAAUAACAUAGAUACAAAAUUGUAGAGAUGCUUGUUUCAUAAAUGUUCUAAAAAAUAAAUUCUGGAAAAAUUUAACACUUUCCGAGAUAAUGAGUGUACCCACUUAAAUGGAUCACCUGGUUUUCUAAACGUGAAAACCGGUACACAUUCGGACGUAAAUAGUUGAUAGCGUAUAAUAAACGAAUACCACUAAAUAAACUAUAAUCUAGGAUCUCUGACUACUAGUCUCCAAUCGAAUUAGCAGAUCGUUUUGACCGCCAGAGACUAAUCCCAAAUCUGGAAUAAUGUCGUGUCGGAACAAAAAUCUAGAAAUUCGUUAGUACAAACCGGUGUGAAUUCGAGACAUUUUCUCGAGUAACCGGUGUUAAAAAAAAACGACACCGGUUUAAUUUGUCCACACCAUCACGUGCAUGUGUGACAAACUAUUUACACCGGUUUCAUCCUCUCUCAUUUACCCCUCGAAAUAAUAAAAGAACAGCGGAUAAAUGGUAAUAAUAAUAAUUCAAUUGAUAAUAAUUUAUGUUCAAAUUAACUUUAAUGCUUAUGGUUUCGACAAUUCAAUAAAAUUAUCUAACAAAAUGAAUGCUAUACUGAUAUUAAUAAGCGGGAGAUGGGAAGUACAGGUAAUAAUUUAAAUAAUUGAUUCAUAUUUAUUUGAUAUUAUCACUGUAGGUUUUCGACAGUGAAAAUAAUUGGUAUCAAAUGUUUGUAAACCGGUACAAAAUGUAUUGGUACACCAGUUUGUACCAACGAAUUUCUUGCGUCUGACAGUUUGAGUUUAGAUUUUCGGCGUGUCGGAACAGCAAAACUCUACUGCACAUGCGUUUGUCAGUUUUUUGAUAGUUUUAUCGUGCGUCGAAACAAACCUAUACGUAUUUGAAUGUAGAGGCUGCUGCGUUAUAGAAAUCUGUUCGUAAUGUUAGGUUAAGUUAAUUUAAAAUAUUGUCCGUUCAACCGUCAGCAAUAUAAUACGACGAUACACCGCCGAUGUGAUUCGGCGUUGAAUCCGUACACUUUGUAUUUUACGAGCGAGAUGAUUUUAUAACUAUAAUAUCAAUUAUUAUUAUCAUUGUACUUUUUUUUUUUUUUUUUUUUUACAAAAUAUUAACAAUUUUUGUUUUUAAGUUUCUAGAUAGUUUUUUUUUUUUUGUUUUUAUUGAAAAUCAUUGAUUGUUAUAAUUAAAACGGCUCAGUAACACUAAUACCACGGUAAACUAUUUAAAAAUACAAACAAAUAAUUUAUACCGCGUUAUCGUAGAAAAAAUUAUUUUACCCAAACAACAAUAAUAUACGUACAUUGUAUAUACCACACGCAUUAUACCGACUCGUAAUUCGGUACAAUUAUGUCUAGCAAAAAAACCUAUAUUUUUUUGUAUUAUUUCCGGUCUCACAACUUUUUUCCGCGAUUACCUAUUAUUUUCAGCGGUUUCUAUUAAAAAUUGCAGGUAACUCCAGAAAAUAAUGGUCCAAAUAAAUUCUGAAC